UAUAUGCAUAGAGAGAGAGAGAGAGAGAGAGAAUAUAACGAGCAGCUUGUUGUUGCAUGCAGCAUGUGCCUCUCCAGUUGAUCGAAUUAAGUGCCAGCUAAUGUUCUGCGCUCGCAGCGCCCGCGGGACCGGGACCCGGGACUGCAAUUGACUGCCACACACCGGAUAUGCAAGCGGCGCAACGUUCGUCGAGAGAGAGAGAGAGAGAGAAAAGUGUAACACCCCCGCCCAGGAAGCUGCAGCAAUAAGUGCUAAUCAGUAGUAACCCAGAACCACGCAGCGGCGCAGGCCCACACCCCGGCCCCGGAUGUAGGGCAAUAAUUGCCAAUUUCAGUUUCCAAGUCCAAUUGGAGAAAAAUCUCGAAAAUUGUGUGUGUGCUUUGUUUUGUUUUGUUUUUUGUGCCAGUCCGCAGUCAUGUCAUGCCCAGGCAACUCGUAAAAUACAAAACACGAGUACGAGUACGAGUACGAGUUCGAGAGUAUUUCUGGCAAAAACAAAACAAAACUCUGACUCCAAGUAACUCUUGACUGCGCGUCACGCACCGCGAACAGGGAUCGGAGCGGAGCCUCCCUUUCUGCCACUGCCACUGCCACUGCCAGUCUCUUUCCUGACUGACUCCCGUUGCACUCUCACAAUGCACAGGCUGGUGCUUCUUCGACUGCUGCACUGGUGGCCAGCGGCGCUGCGUUGGCUGCCCUCAAGCCGCACUUUCGGCAACAAUCCCCCCUGCCACUGCUGAUAGAAGGGGGAUCCCAAACACACACACAGAGACAGAGAAAAAGAAUCGAAAAAGGGGGUACAACUGCCAGCAAAAAGCUGGACAGAUAGAGACAGACACCGUCUUAGUGUAAAGGUGCGUUGCACUUCCGCGCUCUUGCUCGUUGCCUUUUUGUUGUCAUUGAUUCCGCGGAUAGCAUGCGGCAGGGGCAGCGAACGGCAACAGCUGCUGCGACAAUACUACGAGACGACGCGACGAGCCACAAUAGUUGCAGCGAUUAUUUCGAGCAUCCGCCUUCCACUGCUGCUCGUCCGCCCCCACCGUCUCCACCGUCUCCACCGCUCCUACUUGCCACCGCUGUAGUUGUUGCUGCUGUCUUCCGUAACGUGGCCAGAACGUUGCCGGGCAAUUAUUAUUUUGUAAGACGUUUUACAAUUUAAUGGUUUUCAUGAAUGGACUUGGAUCCGACCCUCUGUCAGCAAAGGAGGCAGAGGGCCCUCCGGUUCAGGUUGAACCAGUUGAUUUGAGCCUACGUUCGCCGCGCGCGAGCACUUCGCAUGGGAGCAGCGGCAGCAGUGGCAGUGGCAGCGGCAGCUGUAAAUCCUCAUCGACCACCAAAGCAGUCCACGGCAGCAGCAGCAGCAGCAUCAACUACAGCAAUGGCAAACAGACUGGAUCAUUCUCAUCCGCGUCCAGCUAUGCGGCCGGUGCCUCGGCUGGUGCUGGUGCUGGUGCUGGUGCUGGUGCCUCGUCGUUGGGGGCCUUUGGCCGUCAGCAGCAGCAGCCCACUCAGCAACAACUUUAUGCCUCCGGUGUGUCCAAGUUGCCAUUCUCGCCAUUCUUUGCCGCGUCGCCAUUCUUCUUCACCUACCGCCGGAUUAGCGGUGGAGCUGGCGCCGGUGCUGGUGCUGGUGCCGGAAGCGGCAAGCAGGAGGACAACAACAACAGCUGCAGCUACAACAAUGGCAGCAGCGGCGGCAGCAGCAGCAACUCAUCCUCGCUCAUGCAGGACUACGACCGCAAGUUCAGCCUGUUGAGCCUCUUCAAGAAUCCCUACAAGUUCAGCGAUGGGCAAACGGCGCGAAAGACCUCACCGACGGGCGGCAGUGGCAGCAAGUCGGCGGUGGGUGCCACCGCCUGCUCCUCCUCAUCCUCCGCAGCCAGCUGGAAGAGCUACGCGGGCUCGGGGUCACCGCACGCUGCCCUCAAUCCGGCCUUUGGUGGCAUGGCUCUGGGCGCCACACGCAAGGACAACAGCAGCUUCAGCGGCAUCAAUUUUGGCAGCGGAGCAUCCUCCUUUGCUCGGUCCACCUGCUCCGAUGCGACGGCCAAUGGCGGCGGCUACAAUGAUCUCUCCAAGAACCGCAAGGUACACAAAUGCGACACCGAGGGCUGCGACAAGGUCUACACCAAAAGUUCGCACCUCAAGGCGCACAAGCGAACGCAUACGGGUGAGAAGCCGUAUGUGUGCACCUGGGAGGGCUGCAUCUGGCGCUUUGCCCGCUCCGAUGAGCUGACCCGACACUACCGCAAGCACACGGGCGUGAAGCCCUUCCGCUGUCAGCUGUGCACGCGGAGCUUCAGCCGCUCCGACCAUCUGUCGCUGCACAUGCGCCGCCACUGAGCAGCAAGGAGGAGAGGACUGUGAGGACUGUGACUGCCGAUCUGGCCAUACAUACACAAACAUAUCUACAUAUCCAUAUAGACGCCGAGAAUACUCAUCGAAGAUGCUGACUACUCGCUCCUGACUACUCGUAUUUAUAUUUUUCCCAUUCAUUGUUCACUCAUUGAGACCAGAUUUUUCACAUAUAUUAACCUAAGUAAUUGCCUAAGUAGCUCAAUUUAGUGUUAGGCGGGCUCAAAGCCUCAAUCUACUUAUAGGGUAUCCAUAGUGCUAGAGCUGAAGAAUUUGUAAAAUUCGUUCACACAUUUCGCGGACAAACAAAACCCCCAGAGACAAUUGCCUUCAGAAGCCAAGUUACGAAUGGAUUUAAACAAAACCUACUAAUCGUACGUUAAACAUUACAUACUCGUAGCAGUUAUCCACAUAGUAUACAGUUUAUAUACAUACAAUAUACUUAUGUUUGUAGUACAGUUAGUUUUCUUUGGAUUGGUGCUAGCAACUUGCGUGUAUAUAAUAUACAUUCAUACAUUUACAUUUCUACUUUGUUAAGACACAUUUUAACUAAUUUUAGAUGCAAUUUUUAUUGGUUAUUAAGUAGAAAAUUUUAUACGAAAACGACACAAAAGA